ACAACGACGACGACGACGCCAACGGCGACAGCGACUGAGACUGUGACUGAGGCUGAUGUUAUUUUGAGCUGCGAGCAGAGCGGACAAAGAUUUACAGUAACAACACGAAGCUAAUCAGCAACGCUCGCGUCCGCGUGCACAGUGCGCUCGAUUUCGCCAUACGGAGAAAAGUUAAAACGAGGAAAAUGUGAAAAUGUGAAAAGUGAAUGAAACGCACAUGAAAUUUGUAAAAAUCAACCAGAAUUACAAGCCACACAGCGGCCAAUGAAUUGUGUGAAAUGCGACUAAACCAAACUAAACAUUUAACUCGAUGAAAUAACCGUCUCAAUUCGUUUAAAUAAUGCCACAUUUUGUUCAAGUGUAUAGACAAAUACACUGACCAAAUUGAAAAUGUGAAUACAUAUUGUGUGAAAACUACAGCAAAUUGUGCGAAUUACAAAUCAAAAGAGGAAAAUUCAGUGAAGAGCAAAAGGCAAAAAGAAAAAAGAUAAAAAUUUAAUUUAACUCAAACAAUUUGUCAAAAUGCAGGCGUCUUCGACGACAACAACAACAACGACAAAAACAAAAAAGCUCAGCAACAGCGCCGGCAGCUCAACGGCAAUGAGUAGCAGCAAAACAACGACAACAACAACAACGACACGCAAACCGGCAACAGCUGCUGCUGCUGCUGCUGCUGCUACCUCAGCGGCUGCAGCGAGUCCCAAGUCCCCAAAAGCAGCGCCGGUGAUCAGCAGCGAUGCGCACGACGAGAUUGCGGAGCUUUCAAAGAAGAUCAACGAGCAUGCCGAUGCCAUCUAUCACACGUGGAAGAGCCGCGGCCUGCCGCCCGCCCAGCUGCUCGAGAUGUACACAAAUGCGGCGGCCACCGGUGAUUUUGCGGAUGUUGCUGUUGCCGCGGCAACAACAACAACCGAUCUGAGCAACGCCGAGGGCCUGCAAAAGAUGGUCACCAGCUUUGUGAACAAAGACAAAGAACAAAGGGGCAAGAGUGGCAUCAAAAAGUCGGAAAUGGGCGCGGCAACACAGCCAAAUGGCAGCACAAAGCUAAAGAAAACAGCAACAGCAACUGCAACAGCAACGGCAACAACAACAGCAACAGCAACGGGAGCAACAAUUGCAACACCAACGCCAACAGCAACAGCAACAAGCAAGGCGGGCAAAACAAGUCAAGUGGAGACGCUGCAGUCGCCAAAAAAGGUUGCUGCUGUUUCGGCCAAAACGCUGCCCGAUGUGAAUCUAAAUUAUGACAUCAAUUUGCAGUUGGACGUGAAUAAUUUGUCGCAGCAGCAAACGCAGUAUUUGGUCAAAAUCAGCGAGCUGCUGCAAAAGGAAUCAGCAACAGCAACAACAACACCUGCCAAAAAGCGUCAGAGCAGCAACAACAGCAGCAGCAAAACUGGCAACAGCAGCAACAGUUUAAGCAACAACAGCAACAAGUUAGCAGCAACAGGAACAGCAGCAGCAGCAGCAGCAGCAAAAGAGCAGCAGCCCACAAAGAAACUGAGCAAAGCAAUCAGCAGCAACGAUGUUGUCGAUGCGCCGCAUGUGGGCGUGGCAGUAAUGAAUGCGACAGCUAAAGGCGCCUCUGAGACGUCAAUAGCCACACGCAAAGUCAGCAAAACCAAAGAGAACAACAGCGAACAACAGAAGCCGGCAACAACAACAGUAGCAACAGCAGCAACAGCAGCAACCAUAACCAAAGAAAAGCCAACAAUCACGCGCAAAUUAAUCAACAGCAGCAGCAGCAGCAGCGGCAACAGCAAUCGCAGCAACACUGAUAACAACAAUGCCAGCAACAUUGUGACCAAUGCAACGGCAACGGCAACAGCAACAGCAACAGCCGCUGAGUCGCCAGCAACAUUGGCGGACACAACGAUGCCAACGUUGAAUAAAAUCAAACCGACUAGCGGCAGCCGGGCACCGCUCACCAAUGGCCAGGAUAAGAAUUUGGGCAGACCGAUCCUGACACGUGGCUCCGUUGCCGAGCGCGUGAUGCUAUUUGAGAAACGACCGGAUGGACGCAACUCAUUUCUCGAUAUCAAACGGCCAGCGGAAGCGCCGCCCAAAACUCUGCUCAAGGUGAAGCUGCAUGCAACACCGCCGGCGCCACAGACACAGGACCUAUUGCAAAAGGAGAUACGCAGCACAAAGAGCGUCUAUAUACCCAGAUUCUACUUUCCACAUGGCAAGCCACAGCCAACGAUCGCCAUGGAGCGUGUUAUACGCGGCAUAUUGUCCGCCUUCGAUAGCUUUCCCAACAACCAGGUGACGAAGGAUGAGCUGCCGCGCAUCCUGAAACUGUGCGGCCUGCCCUUCUACUGGCGCAUGCCGGUCAUGACCUUCUGCCAGGCGACCAGCAACGGUCUGGUCGAGCGACAGCGUUUCGUCGAGUUCUGGAAGCAGAUGAAUGUUUAUUGCCAUGAGGCGGCCUCGCGAUUCGUUUAUAUAAUGUCGCGCGGACAGCGCUUUCGUUCCUAUAUUGUGCCGGAGGAUUUGGUGCCGAUGGUGCAGGACGUGGUCGAUACGCAUCCGGGUCUGGCGUUUCUCAAAGAAGCCACCGAGUUCCAUUCCAGAUACGUGCACACAGUCAUCGCGCGCAUCUUCUAUUCGGUGAAUCGCAGUUGGAGCGGCAAAAUAACCAUAUCGGAGCUAAAGCGUUCCGAUCUGCUGGAGAUGAUUAGCCUGCUGGAGGAGGAGGAGGAUAUCAAUCAGAUAAUGGCCUUCUUUAGCUACGAGCACUUCUAUGUGAUCUACUGUAAGUUCUGGGAAUUGGACAAAGAUCACGAUCUGCUCAUCAACCAGGAUGAUCUGGCCAAGCACAGCGACAAUGCCCUCUCCACCCGCAUCGUUGAACGCAUCUUCUCCGGCUGUGUGACGCGCAGCGACAACAAAAAAUCAUCUGAAGAUGAGCCAAAAAUGUCCUAUACAGAUUUUGUAUGGUUCAUACUGUCCGAGGAGGAUAAACGCACGCCGACAGCGAUCGAGUACUGGUUCCGUUGCAUGGACAUCGAUGGUGAUGGUGCUCUGUCCAUGUACGAGCUGGAAUACUUCUAUGAGGAGCAGCAGCAGCGCAUGGAGGGCAUUGGCAUUGAGUGUCUGCCCUUCGAGGACUGUCUGUGUCAGAUGCUAGACAUGAUUAAGCCUGCGAACCGUGAUUCCAUUACAUUGGGUGACUUGAAGCGCUGCAAAAUGACGCACGUCUUCUUCGAUACCUUCUUCAAUCUGGAGAAAUAUCUGGAUCACGAGCAGCGCGAUCCAUUUGCCGCACAGCGGGAUGAGUCUAACACCGAUUGGGAUCGCUUUGCGGCACAGGAAUACGAGCUGCUUAUAUCUGAGGAGAAUGAUUAAAACUCGUUACCAAAUUCGGGAUUUAACUACUUAUUUAUAUAUACACAAACACUCACACAAACAAACAAAAAUACACAACCAACAAACACACACACACGCAACAAAGAUAUUUAUUUACUUACAAAUUUUUAUACAAAUUUUACACUACGUGAAACAAAAAAACUAUUACAAAAAACCCAAAAAAAAUAAACAAAAGAAAAUAUUUAAGUGCUGAUGUGCAAUAAAUUUAAAAACUAUUUAUUAAUGCGACAAUUUCGUUAUUCAGUUUAAUUCAUUAAUUAAAAUAAAACCAAACAAAAUACAAAUAAAUCAAAUUAAACGCAAAACUAAAUAGCGAAUAACGCACGAAAGAGUUUCGAAUAUGAAAGUUGCAUGAGUCAAUUUUUUGAGUAGUUUAUUUUAGUCAAUUUAAUUUGUGCAAAUUUUGUUUAGUUGAAUAUGAUAAUUAAAUAAAAAUAAUCAUAAAUUGG